AUGAGAUUUUGGGUCUUGGUAAUUCUAACAGUUCUCAUACCUUCCCCAUCAACUAUGUUUAGCAAAUCAUCUUGGGGCCUGGAAAAUGAGGCUUUAAUUGUGAGAUGUCCCAGACAAGAAAAAUCCCGAUACCCUGUGGACUGGUAUUACUCAAAAACCAAUCACCAUAUUUCCACCCAGAGAAGAAAUCGUGUAGUUGCCUCAGGGGAACGUCUUAAGUUUCUCCCAGCCCAAGUCAACGAUUCCGGAUUUUAUACUUGCAUUAUCAGAAGUCCUACCACCAAUAAGACUGGACACGUGAAUGUCACCAUUUAUAAACAACCCGGUUGCGAUAUUCCAGAUUAUCUGAUAUAUUCGACAACAUCUGGAUCAGAAAAAAAUUCCAAAAUAUACUGUCCUACAAUUGACCUCUACAAUUGGACAGCGCCUGUAGAGUGGUUUAAGAAUUGCAAAUUUCUCCAAGGACCCAGGUACCGAGCACACAAGUCAUUUUUGCUGAUUGACAAUGCAAACAGCAAGGACAGUGGCGAUUAUAGAUGCAAAUUUAUGCACAAUGAACAUGGAGUCAAUUAUACUGUGACAGCAACCAGGUCAUUCACAGUUAUUGAUAAGCAAAGCUUUUCUUUGCUUCCAGUAAUUAUAGCCCCUCUGCAAAAUGAAACAAAGGAAGUGGAAAUAGGAAAAUCAGCAAACAUAACGUGCUCGGCUUGCUUUGGGAAAGGCUCUCAGAUCUUGGCUGAGACCCUGUGGCAGGUUAACGGAAACAGCGUUAAGAAUUUUGGUGAAGCAAGAAUACAAGAGGAGCAAGAGCAAAAUCAAAGUUCUAGCAGUGAGCUGACUUGCCGCAACAACGUGUUAAGAAUAGCGGAUGUAAAAGAAGAGGAUUUAUCACGGAAGUACGACUGUCUGGCCAUGAAUUUCCGUGGCUUGAUCAGGCACACUGUUAGACUAAGGAGGAAAGACCCAACAGAUCAACAAAGCACUUACUACAUGCUUGCAGGAUUUAGCAUGUUAUUAUUGCUAAUCAAUGCCUUGGUGAUAAUUCUAAAAGUGUUCUGGAUUGAGAUUAUUCUGCUCUGGAGAGAUAUAGCUAGACCUCACAAAACCAGGAACGAUGGGAAGCUCUAUGAUGCUUACGUAAUCUAUCCGCGGAACUGCCACGACAGUCCAGAGGGGACCAGCUCUGUGGAGUGCUUUGUUCACCAGAUUCUGCCUGAUGUUCUUGAAAAUAAAUGUGGCUACACAUUAUGCAUUUACGGAAGAGAUCUGCUCCCUGGAGAAGAUAUAGCCACCACAGUGGAAACCAGCAUCCAGAAGAGCAGGCGGCACAUCUUCAUCUUGACUCCUGAGAUCAUGCACAGCAAGGAGUUUGCCUAUGAGCGGGAGAUCGCCUUGCACAGCACCCUCAUCCAGAACGACUCUAAGGCCAUCCUUAUUGAAAUGGAGGCUCUUUGCCCACCUGGCAGACUGCAGUUUGGGGAGCUUCAAGACUCCCUCAAGCAUCUUGUCAAAGUGCAGGGGACUAUCAAGUGGAGGGAGGACCACCUGGCCAACAAAUGGUCCCUAAAUUCCAAGUUUUGGAAGCACGUAAGGUACCACAUGCCUUUGCCAAACAAAUUUCCAAGAAAGACUUCCAGCUCGGCAUCCUUGAGUGCCCAAGGGCAGUAG